AUGGAUGAAGUCUCUCGUUCUCUUCAUCUUCAUAAUUUCCACCAUCAUGAUCAAUCCUCCAAUCACCAAAUCAUCGACGGACUAAAACGCGACCGAGAAGAAGACCAAGACCAAGACGCGACUCCUUCAGGAGAAGGAGAGAAGAGCAAUAAGAGAAGGCCACGUGGCAGACCAGCUGGUUCCAAGAACAAACCAAAAGCACCGAUCAUUAUCACACGCGACUCCGCAAACGCUUUCAGAUGCCACGUCAUGGAGAUAGCAAACGGCUGCGAUGUAAUGGAAAGCCUUUCCGUCUUCGCUACACGGCGUAAGCGUGGCGUUUGCGUCUUGACCGGAAACGGCGCCGUUACAAACGUCACCGUUAGACAACCCGUUGGUGGUGGUGGUGGUUCUAGCAUCGUUAAGUUACACGGAAGGUUUGAGAUUCUUUCUCUCUCGGGCUCGUUUCUUCCUCCACCGGCUCCACCAGCUGCGUCUAGUUUAACGGUUUACUUAGCCGGUGGUGAAGGUCAAGUGAUCGGAGGUAACGUUGUGGGACCGCUUAUGACUUCAGGUCCGGUGGUGAUUAUGGCAGCUUCGUUUGGUAACGCAGCUUACGAGAGGUUGCCAUUAGAAGAGGAAGAGGAGGAAAUUGAAAGAGAAAUAGAUGAAAACGCGGCUAGGGCGGGUGAAACGCAAACGCAGAAGGAGUUAAUGGAAGAUGUGACGCCGUUUCUACAAGGGUUGCCUUCGAAUUUAAUGAACACUGUUUCAUUACCAGGUGAUGCUUAUUGGGGAACGCAACGACCGUCUUUCUAG